AUGGCUGCCAGGACGCAGAUGGCCGUGGGCUCUGCCUCAUGGAUCAACGCAGAAAAGGAGAACGUCAAGCAUUUGUUGGAACAAGAGAAGGAGGAGCUGAUAUACCCAGCGCAGCAUGAAAUGGAAUGGCUGAAUGAGCACAUGGCAGAGAUUUUCAGCAAAUCACACUUGUACGACGUUCCGCCUUCCCCUGGUCUCCCGCUGACGAAACCCAGUAAUGUUACAGAUGUCUUCAAGACACCUGGCAAAUUAAGAGGGAAAACACCCCGAACAGUCAGAAAGAGAAAUGCCGUGGAGCCCCGAGUACCACUCAGCGAUGUUUUUUCAUCGAAACCUCUUACUGUCUCCAGUCCCAAGGGUAUCCCUAAACCCGAUCGAUCGGUUGCUGCUUUUGCAAUUGCGCAGGAUGGCCAGGAAAGGAGGGUUCCCGAAAGUGCACCAAUUCUCCCGAAGCACUAUACAGACUCUGGAUAUCACGGCUCAACAGAGGAUGAGACGGAGAGAGACAUUCCUAACCCGGUCCCGUCCAGGGAUACUUCACCACCACAGCAGGUCGUCGGGGAGGAACCGCCUAAGCAAGUUGUGCAAGAGCCUGCUGGUCCUGCAUCUGCUGAGAGAAGAACUACAGAGGGGUCUUUUCACUCAGCUCGGGAGGACAUGAUAGCGAAGGUCUCGUUUGUGGUACCAGAACAGCAACAAAAUGAGGCCGAUGCCAGAAAUCAAGAACCCCACCUCAUCGCAAAGCCCGGGCUAGAAGCAAAGUUGGAGCAUCUACAGGAAACAACAACAAAACCAGUCGCAGAGACUGGAAGAAGGCCCGACCUGGCCCAGGAACUGGACGAUAUUGGAUCGCCCUCUGACGGAUCCACUCCUGAUCGUCCAUUGGUGCGAAAGAGUAGUCUGACAUUUGCAUCCUUGCCAGCCCGGGAGCCGUUAUUACACAAGAAAAGCUUCGGAGCGAGGGAAUCUCGGACCAGUCAUCUUGAUCAAUCGAGGAUCGGUAGGAGUAGUUAUUUUGGAAAGCUGCAUGGUGGCUCUCAUCUUCCGUCGAUCGAACUUCAGCCAAAGGAUCACCUGGAUCUUGUCAUGGGCGAUGCAGAUGGGGAUAAGGAGGCGGAUCAAGUUGUUUCUGACUUCGCAGCUGGCCCACCUCAUGGUAAAACGUCCACGCAAAGGUUGCAUGAGAAGAUCGAUAUGCUUGGAAAAUCACAGCCAUCCCGGCUGUCGAAGUCGAUCCCUACAGCUGUAGCGCUUGCAGCUUCAAACUUGCGGAAAUCGGAGGCGGCCAGGAAAGCAGAGAUGGAAAGCUCUGCUGGUCAGACUGCCCAGGAGCCUGGUUUCGACGAGGACGAUGAUUGGAUCAAGCCUUUAGGAACAGCUGAGGACAUGGAGCGCCCAAUUCUUACCAAAAGCCAUACUACAGACAUAAUGGAAAACAUUGUCAACGGCAAGACUGAAGAUGAGGAUGUUGAAAUGGAAUACGAUUUACGGGCACCGGAGCUGAUCGCCCACGAGGAGAGAAUGAGGACGCCUGUGAGAAUGUCGCCGAGUCCUGGAAAAGCGCUGCCCGGGUUUGGACACGUCAAAUCCGCCUCCACAGCUACUCUGGCAUCACCUGGAAAGGCAACAAUGGCUGCUGGCCCAGCACACAUGAAGACCAUAUCAGUCUCUAAUCCACCGAAUCCUUCAACUACACCGAAAGGCUCUCCGCGGCGUAUCUUUGAUGCUCCUCUGACUGCUUCGAAGUCUAAGCUGCAAUCAAUCAUGAAAACCGCAAAGGGUCUCUUCACCAGUAGUGCCGGAGCUUCUGCUGCCGCGAAAAUGGAGACUUUGUCACCCAAAGCAUUGGAAAUCGUGGCAAGUACCAUGCCAGGACUUUACCCCAGCAUUGCGGGCAUGCUGGAGGACAAACCUCUGCCACCAAGUCCACCGAAUGAAUGUCGAAGGACCAGGAGUUCGACUGAACGAGAAAAAGAAGAGAAGAAAAGGGAGCGAGAGCUGAGAGGGCGACAAAAAGCAGAGGACCAGCUAGAGAAGGCACGCGAAAAGGAGAAGCAAAGCGCAGCACAAUUCAAAGCAGAAGCAAAGCUGGCUCAGGCACAGAUAUCAGGUGCAUUGCAGCCAGUUCGCAAAAGUCCCCGAAGACCUGCAGAGGAGCAUGCAGAGGCUGAACAGUCGAGUGACAACCAUGACAUGCCCCCACCAGCUGUACCAUCAGUACAGAGCAAAGCUCAACGACCGGCUAAACCAAGCCGGGAUCUGCCCAAGAAGAGUCGGCCCCAGCCAAUGUCAAUCCGCGUUGCCAGCCAAAGAAUGCCGGUCACCACCUCGUCGCUUGCUUCCAACCUGCAAGAGACCCUCCCACCGACCAACGCAAAAGCAAAUGUAGCAAGCAAGAAGGUUAGCAAUGCCUCGCUGAACUCGGCUGCUUCAAACGUUGGAUUCAAAAGCUCGGUGACAUCGCAAGCUGGCAAGCCGAGAGCCCUUCUGGCUGCAGAACGAAAGAAAGAGGCGGAGGAACGCGAAGCACAACGCAAGCUUGAGCAGAAGCGGGAAACCGAACGCAAACGGGCAGCACAGCAAGAAGAGGCGCGGCGUCAAGAGCAGAGACAACGCGCGGAAGCCGAACGCAAGGAACGUGAGCGCGUUGCAGCUGAACAAGCCAAGAAGAGCGCCCAGCAGCAGGCAAUCGACAAGCGGAGACAAGAGCAGGCAAGGAAGAUGGAGCAGCAGCGGAUUGCCAGUGCUGCCAGUGCUGCCGGUGAUGCUUCUUCCAUGUGUCAGACUGGACCUUCAGCACCACAACGACAUGAGAUGGGAGCUUCCAGGCCACCUUCCAAACUCGGUGCUACUUCGACGUUGAACAGGUCCCUCGUCAGCCACAAUCUUCCCACCAACCCUGCUAAGCCGCCCAAACGACCUCAUGAGGAUGAACCAGGUCCAGGCCGUGCUCAAGCUCCAAAAUUCGGAGCAGCAUCCCAGCAAGCGGAUGCAAAGCGGCGCCGAACCGAAGAUGAGGAAACGGUUGAGCCGAUUGCUCGACCUACCAUGUCCGGUGCUCCAAUCAGGCAAUCCAACAUGAGCAAAAAACCCGGUAUUUUUUCUCAUGGCUAUGCUCCUGCUCCUCCUGGCCCACAUAUAAACCAAGGCCAAAGCCAGAUUAAUCAAUUCCCGGCCCCACCACACCCACACCGCAUAGUCCACCCAGGCGAGAUGUCCAAAUAUGCGAAUGGCAACAAAAUCCCCUUCGCCGACGCCCCCAAUCCACCCGCCUACCCUCACCACCACCACCACAAAACACCCUCCUCGACCCAACAAUUCCCCCACCAAGCGCAACCAGCCAAAUCCACCCUCCAACCAGUCAAAUCCUCCCCCAUGCACCACCCGCACUACACGCCGGGCGAAACCAUCGCCCUGCCCGAGAUCCCCACCGACUCGGAAGACUCGGCCUCGGACGCCUCGCCCGCCAACGGCGCCGGCGCCACCACCGCCAACGGCUUCCCCAUCCCCUCCUGGGCCUCCCCCACAACCCUCACCAACCAGCUCAUCGCCCAGGAAGCCAUCGACGGCGACGCCGUCUUCGGUCCCAUCGCCCCGCUGCGUAUGGAGGAGAUCUUCUCCAAGGGCAAUGAGGACCGCCUCAAGAGGUUCAGGGAGAGGACCAGUUCUGCCAACUGGGCGACGAGCGGGGAUGGGCUGACGGUCGAGGAGGUCAGGGCGGAUAGGGAGAUGAGGGCGCGGAUUCGUGGCGAGGGCGGGUGGCGGUUUGAGGGGUGA